CUGUGCGCGGGACAAAAAGGGACGCUGCCCCUUUAAGAAACACUAGAAAGGGGGCGUGGUCUAUACUGGGCGUGGUCCAGUUGGCCCCGCCCCACGCGCGCCGGUGGGCGGGACUCGGGGCGGUGGCGGUGGAUGACGUCAUGCGGCUGCGCCCGCGGCGGCGCAUGCGCGGCGGGGCCCGGGGCCUGGUCGGGCGGCGCGGAGCCUGCGGGCGGGGGGCGCCGGCGCCGCCAUGUUCCGGUACCCGUCCCUGGAGGACUGCCCGCUGGACGAGGAUGAGGACGCCUUCCAGGCCCUGGGGGAGGAGGACGAAGACAUCGACCAGUUCAACGAUGACACCUUCGGCGCCGGGGCCGUCGAUGACGACUGGCAGGAGGCCCACGAGCGGCUGGCGGAGCUGGAGGACAAGGCCGGCUCGAGCCGGGAGCGGGACGGCCCCGCUGGGAGCGACGGGGACGUCCUGGGCGACCCCGAGGACGCGCUGGCCGAGCGGCUGACGCGCCUGGUCAUCGACAGCGAGCUGGAGGACCCGGCCAUCAUGCAGGCCGUGCACACCAGGGACCCCCCGCAGCAGCCCGCGGGGCUGAACUCCAGCAUCUGGGACAGCUCAGCCGUGCUGCGGCGCAUCCGGGGGCCGCUCCUCGCUCAGGAGAUGCCCUCGGUGUCCGUGCUGGACUACGCCCUGCCGCAGAGGCCCGCGCCGGCUCGGGAUGAGGAGCGGGACCCGUCGGAGCGGGCGCUGCCGCGGCGCUCCUCCUCGCCCGUCAUCGGGAGCCCCCCGGUGCGGGCCAUCCCCAUCGGCACCCCCCCCAAGCAGCCCGCCAUCCCAAACUUCAACCAGCAGAUCCUGUGUCCCAAGCCUGUCCACAUCCGAGCUACCAUGCAGCAGCGUUAUCCCGCUCCCUAUGGAGAGAGGAUGUCCCCCAACCAGCUCUGCAAUGUUCCGAAUUCCUCCCUCCUGGGCCACCCGUUCCCCCACAGCGUCUCUCCCGUUCUCACACACCUGCAGAGAGCCCAGCUGCUCGGAGGAGCCCAGGCCGGCCGAAUGUCCCCCAGCCAGUUUGCCCGGGUGUCCGGGCUGGUGGGGAGCCCGCUGCCCUCGGUGAACCCCAAACUGCUCCAGGGCAGGGUCGGGCAGAUGAUGUCCCCGGCCGGAGGGUUCCGUGCCUUUUUCGGGGCUCCCCCCGCCCCGCCCCCCUCGCAGCUGCCGCACCCUCCGGGCCCCGGAUCCCACCUGCAGAACCUGAGGCCGCAGCCCCAGGCGUUCCGGCCGGACACGACCCACCUGCACCCCCAGCACCGCCGGCUCCUGCACCAGCGGCAGCAGCAGAACCGCAGCCAGCACCGGAGCCUCAACGGCUCCGGGGGGGACCGAGGGGGCCACCGGAGCAGCCAUCAGGAGCAGAUCCGUAAGGAUCCCUACGCCAACCUCAUGCUGCAGCGGGAAAAGGACUGGGUGUCCAAGAUCCAGAUGAUGCAGCUGCAGAGCACUGAUCCCUACCUGGAUGAUUAUUAUUAUCAGAAUUACUUCCAGAAGCUGGAGAAGUUGGCAGCAGCCGAGGAAGUGCACGGUGACGGCCCCAAGAAGGAGCGCACUAAACUCAUCACCCCUCAGGUGGCCAAGCUGGAGCACACCUACAAGCCAGUGCAGUUUGAGGGCUCGCUGGGAAAGCUCACCGUCUCCAGUGUCAACAACCCCCGGAAGAUGAUCGACGCCGUGGUGACGUCCCGCAGCGAGGAUGAUGAGACAAAGGAGAAGCAGGUUCGGGAUAAGAGGCGACAGACACUCGUCACCAUCGAGAAGACGUACAGCCUCCUCCUGGACGUGGAGGACUACGAGCGCCGCUACCUCCUGAGCCUGGAAGGGGAGCGGCCAGCCCUGAUGGAAGAGAGGAAGCAGAAGAUCUGUGACAUGUACGACAAUCUGAGGGGGAAGGCACCUGGGCAGGACAGGCCGAGCGAUGACCACUUUGUGCAGAUCAUGUGCAUCCGGAAAGGAAAGCGCCUGGUGGCCCGGAUCCUUCCCUUCCUGGCUCCAGAGCAAGCGGCCGACGUGCUCAUGGCCACGGCCAGGAACCUGCCCUUCCUCAUCAAGAAGGAUGCUCAGGAUGAGGUGCUUCCCUGCCUCUUGAGGCCCUUUUCCCACGUCCUCUACCACCUUCCCUUGGGAACAGUCACCAGCCUUGUGCAGCAGCUCACGAACCUACCUCAGAGCGCCGCCGCUCCCUCCAACCUGCACCUCACUGCUGUGCUCCAAAACAAGUUUGGUCUGUCCCUGCUGUACCUGGUCCUGAGCCGAGGGGAGGAAUUGCAGAGCUCGGACACGAACACAGAGCUGAUGCAGGACAACCAAUGGACGGAGCUGAUGCUGAUGGCGACCCGGGAGCUGCUGCGGAUCCCUCAGGGAGCCCUGGCAAAGCCCGUGUCCAUCCCCUCCAACCUGAUCUCCCUCUUCUCUCGCUACGUUGACCAGCAGAAGCUGAACCUGCUGGAGACAAAAUUGCACUUAGUGCAGGGGAUCCGAUAGAUCUCCGUGGCUCCUCGCCACCACUGGAAUGUUCCAGAGGAAGGAAGGAUGGAAGGAAGGAAGGAUGGAGGGCACACGGUUCACCCCACACGGUUCCCCUGACGCCCGGCCUGGCACACGGAGCGCAUCUGCCCCCCAAUCCCUGGAUCAGCAGGAAGAGGGGGAUGUUUGGCUGCUCCCCCCUUUCCCACAAAGUGCUGCCUUUCCCUGCUGCUCCCAAUUUCCCCACGACUCCCUCUGCACCCCCAAAAGCUGCUGCUUCCCCCCCAAACACACACACACACACACACACACACACACACACACACUACGGAGGAUCCCGGGGAGCCCCUCGCUCCACAUCCAUGGCCAGGGGUUCUCCGCUCGUUCCCUGCUCCUUUUCCAGCCCUUCCCACAAGCACUGAGCUCUGCUUCCUGCCCUUCCCCACACUUCACACACUUGUUUCGCACACUCGCCACGUCUUCCCAAAAUUCGGCUCCUUCCCUCCCCCCGGGGUCAGCCCAGCAGCCCCGGGGUGGGGGGCACAGCCGGCUCUCUGUCCCCUCCGGAUCAGAUCCGGGUGGCUUCAGCUGUGCUGCUCCUCGGGAAGGUGGUGGUGGUGGUUGGGGGAUAAAUUUUACCCUUUUUUUUUUUUUUUUUUUUUUUUUUGCUUUUGAAAAGAAAAAAAAAAAAACCAAGAGAUUUGCACAUGUAAGGAUUUUACACCCUGGAAUUCCUCCUGGCAUUAACCAGCCCCACCUCUGCUCCCAGCCCCUUCCCUGUCCUUUUUCUCUGACAGAUCAAGUGGAAAGUUCAUUUAUUUUUAUUUUAUUUUAUUGCUUUUUUCCUGCUUUUUUGUUUUGUUUUUUUCUUUUUUUUUUCUUUUUUCCCCUUUUUUUUUUGUUUUUUCCCCCUCUUUUUUGCUUUUUUUUCUUCAUUUCAUUUGCUUGCAGUAAUUUUUUUUUGUUUGUUUGUUUGUUUUGUUUUUUUCCUUCCCCAUCCCUCCCAGUUUUUCGUUCUGGUUAAUGAGAAUAAAGUUUCUAAAUUUACAUUUUUAUAGGGUAUUGUAAAUAAAGAUGAAUUGUAUACGGCUGCCA